CCUGCUCCUGCCCUCUGACCUCACAGCCCCUGCUCCCCAGUCUGUCUCCAGUGCCCACAGCCACAUUUAAGUGCCAUGGACCUACCGCCCUUUGACCUAUGGAAAGACUACUUUAACCUGAGCCAGGUGGUGAUGGAUAUAAUUCAGAGCCGGAAGCAAAGACAGGAGGGUGAGGUAGCUGAGAAGCCCAACUCCAGGCCCCAGGAGAAGAGUGAGCAGGGCCUGGAGGUCUACCUUGGAUGUCUGCCUACCAUAUGCAACUUCUGCAAGCACAACGGGGAGUCUCGUCACGUCUACACCUCACACCAGCUGAAGACGCCUGAAGGGGUGGUUGUGUGUCCCAUCCUGAGGCACUAUGUGUGUCCUCUAUGUGGAGCCACCGGCGACCAGGCUCAUACACUCAAGUAUUGUCCACUCAACAGCAGUCAGCAGUCUCUCUACCGACGCAGUGGACGAAACUCAGCUGGUCGCAGAGUCAAGCGAUAAUUGAGACCCUGUGAAGUACCUGUCACCCACAACCCACACCCUCCUGCUUCUGACCCUAGUCCCCUCUGCUCUGCUCACCCAGCCCGCUGGAGGUCCCUCGAUCUCAACGUUCUCUGUGCCUUCAGGAUCCUGAAACACUGGGAAAUGCUGGCAGCCCAGACUGUGUGUCUCAGACAUUCCUGGUACUGUGAGAACCUUCUCCAUGGACCGUGUGAGUCUUGGUGGUUUCUUUUGGAUUGUGAGGGCCUGGUGAUGACUUCUCGGUUCCUCUCUAAAGAUCCCUGGGGGUAGGGGGCUGCCCUUGGAUUUGCUAUCCUAUAGAGUCCCAGUCAGUGUGCUCUGACAGGCCAGUCUUCAGGACCUGGGGACAGUGCCAGAGACUGAUCCUCGUUGUCACUGCCAAGAAGUGGAUGUCGGUACUGACUAUGAGACCAUCCAUCUUCACCUUUUUCAGCAUCUGCAGACUCAAACUUCUCCAUGGACCAUUCACGUUCAGCUCCUCAGUUCCUUGAAUGUGGCCAUGCCCAUCAGGAAUAAGAGGAAGGUUACAGGAACUAGAGGAGGGUUGGGACCCUCUGGGAAGGCUGCCAGACCUUUGUAACUUCACAGACUGCCUCGGGUGAGCGGAAGCCCACAGAUUUCACUUCAUCACUAACCGCGGUUCACUCUAUUCCUGCCCCCAGCCCCAGUUGUUGAUGGAUCCCUUUCUCCCGGUGGGUGAUUAUCUCUCUUCCACUCAUCCAAUAUUGUUGAGUGUGUUUCAUCAGUGUGUGUCCCAUGGUGAGAAGAGUCUGAGACCUCAUGGGACUGAUGACUGCUUAGAUUUUAAUUUUAGGGUCAGAGAAGAAUGCCAGUUGGGUUUUAUGCUAUCUAGGAGGUUGGCUUGGAAAUGGGAUGAGGGUGGAGGAGGGGUGUCUGCUGCUGAAUAAAGCGUUGUUAGUCUAC